GGGAAUCUCUUCUAAUUUAGUAACAAAAUGGCGUCUGUCCGUUCGUACUUCAAGCCUUUCAGGCCUUUAUUGAUCAUGAUUUUCUUGUUGCUUGUUGGAUUUCUGACGUAUAUCACUGCUACUGACGAACCAGAUGACAAUAGUAACGAUUUUGCUGAAUUUGAAACGGAAGGGGACGAAGAAGAUGAAGAAGAAACAGAGGUGCAUGGAACAGGCGAUCAAGAUGAAGAUGAAGAUGAAGAAGAAGCUGAUGUUACAGAGGAAACAGAUGAGUCAGAGGCAAAUGUUGAAGAGCCAGAGGAGGAACAGGAAGAAUUUGAUCACUUUACUGAUGAAGAAGAAUUUGAGGGAUAUAAUAAAGAAAAAAUACCAAAAGGAAAAUCAGGUCCUCAACCUGAUUUAAAGAUAAAGAAGAUUCCUGUUCAUUUAAGAGCAAACUGGGAGGGAUUUUAUGCUGAAAUUCUAACGUUGGCUGGGCUUGCAGCGUAUGCACUUAAUUUCUUUGCUGGACGCAGUAAAAACUCGAGGCUAGCAACUGCAUGGUUAAAAUCUAACAAAGAACUUUUGGAGAGUAAUUUCAGUGUAGUGGGGGAUGAUGGUUCCAGUGAGGAACCUCAACAAGGUAUAUUGGUGAAGGAGAGUGAGAGCCUGUACACAUUAUGGUGUACAGGGAGAGUAGGCUGUGAUGGAUUACUGGUUGAAAUUAAGUUACAGAAGCGUCAUGACCUUGUCAGUGUGAUGUCAUAUCUAGUCAAACCAGCCAGAGAUACUGUGACAGUUACAGUGCAUAUGACAGAUGAAGAAAUGGACAACUUUGUUCUUGCUGUCCUACCAAAGAAGACUGCUGCUAAAAUGCAAAAGGAGCUCCAAGAUUUGACCUUCUUCUGUCCUGAUAAACGUGCUGGACCUAAAUAUGAUUUACCUGGCUCAUUUGUUGUGUUAACUGAGUCAGCUGAAGCAGCCAGUGCCAUUUUAUCAUCACAGAUCACAAGAGCUAUUUCCAGUGGUGAAGAAAUGCUUGACUCACUGAUAUUUUCUGAUCAAUAUGUGGGUCCCAAGCAGCCUGAUGAUGAUGACCAGGCAGCCAGUGGAAAAGCUGUUAAACCUAAGAAAGUCCUGCUUUUUAAUUUCAAAGUGCCUUCCAAAGGGAGCAGUACCAAGUCAUCUGAUAUGGUCAAACUAGAACCAAUGAUGAAACUUGUUCUUCACUGUAUUGACAGGGUUAGACGGUUUAAACUCGGAAAGGAGGCCAAAGCUAAGGCUGACAAAAAUCGACGAGAACUCGAGGAAAGUCUACUGAAACAGUCUCAUGCUCAAAGGCAAGAAGCUGCACAACAACGUCGCGAAGACAAAGUAAGAGCUGAGAAAGAACGAAUCAUGCAAGAAGAUGACCCAGACAGGCAGCGGAGGCUGGAGGAGAGAGAACACAAGAAGGAAAUGAAGAAAAGAAAUCCAUUCAAAGUGAAGCAAGUCAAAGCACGUGGCUGAAGGAAAAUUUUGAGAACUUGUUUGAUGCUGGAUGAUGCAAGUUUCUUUUUUUGUCUUUUUCCAAAUUUUUCUGUAACACUGUAAUUUGCUUUACAAUAUUUUCAGAGGUAAAAUGGAGUUUGUAGAAUCAUGAACUACCGAUUCUAGCCUCUAAUGAUUAAUAGAAGCAAAUUAACGUUAAUUUUAACAACAGAUGUGUUAUUUAUUUCUUGUUUACAUAUUUUGGUGUUUUUUGUUACACCAUGUCCAGGUUAUUUCAUAUUUUGGAGAUUCGUCCCAAUUUUCAUUUUGUUUCAGUCUUUCAUGAUUAUUACUUGUACAGUCGAACCUCGAUUAUCCAGACCACUGGGGACUGGCCCGAACAGUCCGGAUAAUCGAGAGUCCGGAUAAUUGAAAAGAUGAAUAUUAAUGAGUCAACACUGAAUACAUUUGUAAACCAUAACAUUUAAUUGAGAAUCAUGCAAGAAUGAACCACAAUCACAAGCCAUUUCUGACUACAAUUUACUACUGUGCAUGUUAGGUGCAUUUAAGAUCACUCGGGCAAUAACAAUAACCUUGCCCAAAAUUGUCUUUUGAUGCGAAACAAAUCCAGUUCUGACUGGAAUUUUAUAACUCAGUUCGGCAUAUGAUAGCUUUCCUAUGGAUAAUAAAUGUGACUAAUUAAUAUUCAUGAAAAAGGGGACCAGAAAAGCUAGUCCGGAUAAUCAAGAAAUCCAGAUAAUCAAGGUUUGACUGUAUUUGGUUGUUAUCUAAGAACCAAGACUAACUGCAUAAUUUAAUGUUACAAACAGCUGGCUGUCAAUCUCUACCCCUGUGACCUCAUGAUUAUCAUAUAUUUAAUGGCUCUUAGCUGUCUUUGUAUUUUUGGUUGUUCGUAAUAUCAUAAAAAGAAGAUAUAACUGGU